CGAAUUGAAGAACCUUUUUAUUUGUUAAUAAUAUUGUUCAAUAGACAAGGUUUUAUUCUUAGAUGAUAUAAUUUCACGGUUGAUCGGAAGAAGUGUAGCACGAUAGUAAGCUAACAGGAUCCUGCAUUACUCUCUGUUAUAUAUAUGUAUAUAUAACAGUGCAUAUAACAACUAUACAGGUAUAUACAAACAAACAAAAGUAUGGCAGGUGUCAGAAGAUUCGGAGAGAAUGACUGAAAACGUAGAGCGUUUUGAAAUAAUUUCGUUUUAGCCAGGAAAUAAAAUGUCUUUGAAUGCCGGCAAAUCGCCGCGAGUGGAAGACUUAAUUUCUAUAGAAGAUGACACUUUGGGAUCCUCCAUAAGCCUAAGUGUUGGGGAGAACUCAAUACGUAUCAAAGCAAAACCGAAACCUAUCAAAGAAAAAGAAGAAUUAUCAGUUGAUAAGAAGGACGUGCAACAUAAAUGGUGGUUGAAGAGACCUGAGACACAACUGGAGGUGUUAAGUGCCAAGAAUACGGAAGCAAAGAUGAAACAUUCCCCUACACCUACAUCGGACGUGAGCUCUUCUAUGAAAGAGUUUCUCGAGAAGGAGAAAAUGUGCAAAGCAACGAAAAGUGAAGGAGAAGUGAAAGACAAAGAUGACACUUUGUGCGAUAUACUUGCAUCUGCAGCUUUUGAUAAAUAUCCAUCAGACUUUGAAAAUGCAACUGAUGAAGAUAUCGGCAGUAUACUGGAGGAAAUGAGCAAAAUUGCUGGUGCGUUGAGUCCUAAUCCAGGUCCCGAACAUACCAAGUCCAGUGGUUCCAGUAAGAAUCCCACUGAAGAGGAAAAGUCUGUGGAAGAAUUAUUGGAAGAGGCUGAGAAACUAGUGAGAAAAAAUAGCAGUACUCUGUCAAAGAGCACGUCAAAAUCCAAUACCCUAAUACCAGAAAAUAAUCUGGAUGAGAGUAUGAGUAGAGUUAGGCAGCUGGAAGCCGACAUUUUCCAGUUGAUAGAAGAAGAAGUGCAUAAAGAAACCGAAAAAAUAAAGAGAAGUCCGAAAAAUGAGAAGAAACGGGAAAAUAGUCCUGGGUUUGAAAUCGUUUACGAGAGUCUGAGUAGUUUAAGACCGCCAAGGUCACUGGAACUCCAAAGGAGAAAGUUUGAAGAACAGAAAGUUGAAAUAUCGAGCAGUUCCGACUUGGACGAUCCGAUUGAGAGACAUUCCAAGUCCGAGGAAUUAAAAAGCACAAAAAAGAUCGAAAUGGAGAAAGAGAAUCUGCAGAAAGAAAUCACGGACGUGGACAAGGACUUCUUUGAGGAUUUGUUGAGAAGAUCCAAGGAGAAGAUGGAAGGCGGGAUGUCCCAGAGUUCCAGUUUCGGACAGGAAGACUUUUCGCAUUUCCUGAAGCUGCUUCAGGGACAGAACACGGACAGAAAGGAGCCAGAAUCAAAAGAACCCAAUACGAUGUACGAUCUUUUUCUCAAGUCCACUAACGGUGAAAUGAUGUCGACUGCUGCAGGUCAGCUGUUAAUUAGCGGGAAAACUCCGGAGUUCCCUGAGAAAGAAUUUUCUGAAAUUCUAGGAAAGGAACUACCGAGUUGCAACGCACACGUGGAACAUGAAAUCAAUGAGAGUGAUUCUAGCAUGAGUGAGGAACAAUCUAAACGAGCACCGAAUUCUCCAUCAACCGGAGUGACAUUCUUGAAAAAUUCUAGCAACGAAUCUAAAAAAUCUGCAUCAAAAAAUACAGAGAGCAAUAAAAACGUAGCAGAAAGCAAUAAGAAGAUAGUUAAUUCUGAGGGUGAAUUGUAUACGGUAGGACUGACACCAAGAUUAGAGUUGUUCGCGGAUGCAAUACCUAAACUUAUAGCUGAGAGAUUAUUGAGCGAACACGGUGGGAAAGAGAACGUGGAGAAGGAAGAUGUGAUGCGAAAAGAACCUACAUGUCCAGAAGCGCAGGCUGACGUGCAGACAGACAAUUUACACGGUACUAAAGCAUUGAAAACUUCUAAGACGAGUCACCAGGAGACUGAUGGUCACAGCACCUCGAGAAAAGCAAUAGAUGUACCUAAAGCCGAUCGCAUUGUUAGCGCACCAGGCAAUAGGCAAUUGAAGAAAGAAAUCAGAUUUUGUAAGUCCAAGAGUUACGAUCAGAUAUGCCAGCCUCCUCUGAAAACUUCCCUCGAACAUAUCAGAACUAACAAAGCACCGGACAUUUCCAAAAAGCUUGCAAAUAAAAAAUCGCUAAUGGUAAAACCAAAAGUGCAAUCCCACGUGAUAUCCAAAGCUAUAUCGAAGCCUAACGCGCCGUUAAAACCAAAAAUGGAUCCCGCUAAAACUGGAUCGACAUCCAGUCUGCCGGCUACGUGCAAAGGAUAUCAAGUACAAUCGCCCGACAGUUAUAGGAAAAACUUAAUGGCUGGCGGAGAUACGAAGCAGAAUCUAGUGAAACGCGACUGGGAAAUGUUAUGUCGAGAAGAGAGACAUAAAAAUGCACUCUUAAAGCAACAGCUAGAAGCUGAGGCGAAAUUGUACAAAAGCCAGAUCGCGGACAUGCGUGCGUCCUUCGAGGGAGAAUUGUUUGCCUUGAAGAAACAGAAUAUAAUUUUGAAAGCGAGAGUCGACGAGCUCUCUCUGAACGAGAGGCACGCGGAAGCUAAUACGAAAAAUGACACGAAAGUCGCUCUUCUUGAACAGGAAUUGGAGAAGCAAGAAAAUUUGAUCCGCGCUUACGAGACCGAGAACAAGAAACUGAUGCAAGACACGAAACGCAUGCAGGAGGAAUUGAAGAAUCUCCAGUCCAAGCAGAAGAACACCAUUUCGGAAACGAACGACGUUCAACAGCUCGCCGAUCGGAUGAAAGACCUUCAAGAGGAAACGUUAAAGUUGAAUCUCGAAGUAUCCGAAUUGAAGGAGAAGAAUGCCGACUGCUUGCUGAAGAACGAUGACUUGACACAACAGAAUAGCUUACUCACAGACGAACUGGAUAUGUUUAAGGAGCAGUUGAGAGCGAAGAACAACUUUAUCACGGAUCGGCUGCAGGUGAUGACCACUGCAGAGUUGGAACUGAAGAAGCAAAUGGAGGAUCAGGAUAUCAAAUUGAGCUCAAAGUCAGAGCAGCUGCGAGUGACGAAACAAGAGCUAGAAAAGCUUCAGCAAAGCGUGCUACCCUUAGAGAAGGAGUUGUUGGAGUUACGAGUCAAGGAUGGCAACCUUCAGGAGAAAUUGCGAGUAAGCAAGAGUCAUGUCGAGCGCGAGAAGCUGCUCACGCAGAAGCUGAAAGAUCAAGUCAUCCUGGACAACAAGAAGAUGAUGGAUCUGAACAGGCAGGUGCGCGAACUGGAGCGUAUACUCAAGAGGAAAAAUCCCGAUUCGGUUUCAGCUUUGAUACUCACUGCCAAUUCGGAGCACAACAAGAUCGGUUCCGAGAAGGUGAAACUUCUGGAGGAGAGAAUAGUAAGUCUCGAGAAUGAGAUCAAGGCCAAAGAGGAUAUCGCGCAACGAAAUUUGGCUGAGUUGCAGAAGAAGUUUACCGAUAUGAAACAGAAGUACACGAUGCAGGUGACGGAAUUAGAAGCGAAACUAUUGGAGACCUCCAUAAAGGAGCACAAGCUGUUCAAUGACAUGUUCACACAGACGACAGUCAAAUACGUCGAGAGCAAGAGCGUGGAAACUAACAAGAAAGAUGAUAAAGCUUCAUCAGUGGAAGAUAAGAAGGAUCAGAAGACGCUAAAAGUCGGAUUGAAGUCCCAAAAUCCGAAGGAAGACGCGCAUCUCAUGGCUACCAUAAGAGGUUUGAAAUUGGAGAUAGCGAACAAGGAUAAAGUCGUCUCGAAGAUGACCAAGGAAUAUCAGGAGCUUCAGAAGACGAACAGGAGGCUGCAAAAAGAGAGAGAGAAGUUGCUGAACGAUAGGAAGAGCUUCAGGAGUAUGGAGUUUGAUAAAGUGCUGCGGGGGACGAAGAACGGCGAGGGGAACGAUCAGAAUUCGAAUGUGUAUCAGAACGGUCAUGUCGCCGAUUCUCAGAAACUGUCGUCAUCGACGACGAAGCUGUAUGAUCCGAUGCAGUACACGGAGAAUGGCAAGAACGGUAUCAUCAAGAAACUGGCUAACGAGAACGAUAUCUUGAAGGAGGAGCUGAGCAAAAUGAACAAGGACUUUAUGGCGCUGAAGAGCAAGAGGUUGCACGACUUGAACCUGUUGCAGGAGGAACACGAACGGGAGAUGGCCACCCUUGUGAAGGAAUACAGCGUCAAGUUCGGAGACUCUAAGGUGGUAAAAUUACAGGGUCAGAUUAAUACUCAGGGAGCAAUCAUAUCGCACUUGAAGGAGCAAGUCGAGAAGUUCCGGGACUACAAAGAGCAGGUCGUGAUGCUGAAGGCCGAGAGGGAACACUUGGAAAACAAAGUAAAGACGCUGAAUGAGAAAGUCAAGUACCUAACAACGCCGGGAACGGAACAGCUGCAGCUGCUGCAAGACAAGAUCACGAUCCUCCAGCAGCGGCACGAAAGUCGAGAGAUGACCCUGCAAACGUUGGUCCGCGACUUGUUGAGGAAUCGUACGCAGUGCAAGGACUGCAAGAACGAAAAAGGCAAGAAUCGGCAGCUUUGCUACUUCCGGCAGGAGCUCGAUCACAUUCUAGGGAUGCUCCAGGAGAUCGCUAAUGUCCAUUGAUAUCGCUGAAUCGGGAGUUUCCGUCCUUCGAGCACAAUUGGACGAUUCUCGAUUCAUCAUCGAACAUUGUGAUAAUUUUUGCAGGCGUAUGUAAGACUCGCGAUACAACUUAGAUAAUUUGAGAGAGGUAUUACUUUAGAUACCGCGUGUAGCGCAUAAUAUCGCGUUCGUUUGCGAUGCUUAGUCAAUACGUUUGGUCGAUACCUUCAUCGGUUCUUCCAGGAUCGGCGAGGAUUAUCAUUGCAAUCUUAUACGCGCAGUCUUCUUUCUUGCGUCCAUGACACCGUUCGUUUCGCGAGUUCGUGUCUAUCAACGUCGAAUUUUCACAGAUUACUUGGUAGAUGCGAAUCACUGCCAAAGAAAGGAACGCUACCGUAAACUAGCGAUAGCGCACAUAACGGCGAACGAACGUGUAGUUAAAUUGCAGAUUCUUCCCGAUCUCUCUCCAUUGCCAAUUCUCUUGCCGCGCGCAUACUCACGAUACUCUGCAGCGCUGUUAGAUCAGUCUAUUUUAAAGUGAAUCAAGAAUUAAUUUUUAAAAAUAUCGCGUACCUAGAAUAGUUAAUCUUAUUUAUUUAUUUAUUGUAAUUUUUAUUGACAAGUUGAUCUCUUUUUUUUAAUCAAUCUUAUUACGAUUUGUUUUAUAAUGAAUUAUCUGGCACGACAAUUGGAGCAGAGGGAGAAAGUAUAGUAGGCGAAUAGGACUUUCGUAAAGAAUUUCUCUUCCGAAAUUAAACGAUAUCUAGUUUUUAUAUCUAAAUUUUUCGAAACUUUGCUGUAUAUAGAUGUUAUAAGAUAAACCGCUGUAUUUAGUUCGGGAUAUUCCGUCGAUUUAUUCGCAAUCAACGAAGUUGAGCCUACUUCGAGCGCUCGACUGUAUCAUGUGUAUCGUAUUAUUAUAAGUAAUUCUAUUACUGUUGCCAAGCCUAGCUGGUAAUUUAAUGAUCUCGUCAAAUGUAGCCAUGUCUGUAUGCGCUCAUAAUAAACGCAAGCACAAAUUGAUGUGGCCAAGGCUUGAGGAUGAUAAUCAAUUAGCGCAAAAUGCCUAUCUUUCGUAUUUCAAUUUCAUCAAAGUCUGUCGAUUCUCACGAGGCAAUCUUCUUCAAACUCGGUUACGUCGGAUCAACAAUCACAUCCUUUUUCUAAAUAGAUUUAAGCUCGACACAUGUACAAAAUCUAUAAUUAUAUCUUUAAUCUUUUCGUCUA